AUGGGAAAAGCAGUUUCCAAACUCUCAAAAGAUGAGAUCAAACAGCUCCGUGAUCGCACCUUAUUUGACAAGCGUGAGCUUCAGCAAUGGUAUAAAGGAUUUCUACGUGAUUGUCCCUCAGGACAGCUUUCGGAAGACGAGUUUGCGAAAGUAUUCAAGCAAUUCUUCCCUUUUGGCGAACCCCACGAUUACUGCCACUAUCUUUUCCGGAUAUUCGACACCGACAACUCAAAGUACAUCGACUUCAAGGAGUUUAUAAUAGCGCUUUCGCUCACUGCUCGUGGAGACCUUAACCAGAAGGUGGACUUUACGUUUCGUCUAUAUGACUUGGAUAGAGACGGCAAGGUGUACUAUCAGGACACUUUGGCGGUGAUUACGGCAAUAUACAAAAUGGUGGGGCCAAUGGUGGUGCUCCCGGAAGACGAGCGGACCCCUGAGUUGCGGGCAGCAAAGCUAUUUACAUUGGCUGAAAAGGAUAAGGACUCGGAUUAUCUUGACAUCAACGAUAUGAAACGAAUCGUCAAGAUGGACCCCGCGCUUGCCAACUCACUCAACACCUACGAGGGUUUGGUAUGA